AUUACUUUUCAGCAAUGCGACAGUUCAAUGAACGUUUUGACAGGCUUCCAGUCUGUGCUGCGAUCUGCUACUUGUCAAGCAAGGCAGGCCAUGCUUUACACAAGCCCCAAGGAUUUCAUUCAAAGAAAGUAAAGCCUCUCGUGCUCCAAGGACUCCUGUGCGGCCUGAUGUGCAUUUGCUGAUCGUACCACCAACGUUAGUGGGCCAUCGCGUAGCUUCUCGAUCAAGGGCAUUAUCGAACUAUCGCAUCGAUCGCGAUAACGUGCCACCCACCUAUAUAGCAGAGCAUUCAAAGACCAAGAAAUCCAAAGAAAAAGUAAGGUGUGCGUUGAACAUAGUGCGUGAAUGAAGACCGUGAGGGAUACUUGAUGUCUGCGGUAGUGCCGUCAGUUUAUUCAAUGCGAAGAGCACUUUCCGUGGACAGCGACUAUGAAGCCGAGGAAGAGGCGUCCGCGUCCGCAUCGACAUCCGCAUCAGCGUCCGCCCUGCGUGUGCAGCUAGACCGCGUUUUGCGAAACACCAACGGCAAUGCCAGCAACAACCACAUGCUGUAUGGAGCCAGCGAUAGCUACAGCUGUGCCAGCGAAUCGAUGUGGAAUCACGAGGCGGCUGUGGCGCAGGCCUUUGCAUCCGCCGCUUCUGCUGCGGGCUCUGGCUCUGGCACUGCCACUUGUACGGGAAUGUCGCCCAUGAUGUCGCGGAAUGCCAACAUGCCUCCGGAAAUGGCAUUCGCUGCCACAAAGUGUUUGCGAAGGGGGUAUCCCUGCAAAGGCGAGCGCGAUCAAAUUGCCAACAAGCAGGCGGGCAACAGCAACAGCAGUAACCACCAUGGGGGAGGAAAUUCCGAUGACCUGCGUCUCACCAAGAUCAUACGUCGCCUGCACACGGAGACUAAUAGCGCGGCAGCGCUCGAGCUGUGCAGCAAGUUGGCUGUGGCCGUCCGUACGCCCCUGAACAUGGCAUAUAUGGCGCGCUCCUUCGAUCUUGUGCUCGAGAGCAUGCUGAUGCUGUACAAGCACUGCGCCCCGCCCGUCCUCGAGGAGUGCAGCAAGACCCUCGGCCUGAUGGGCUACCUCAAUCGCCUGGCCUAUCCCAUCUACGAGGAGUUCAUUGUGAAGAACUAUCGCACCUGCAAGCGCAUGCAGCACUACCUGAUAGUCGCCCUGAGAACCACACUAAGCCUUGACACGAGCUGCGAUCUGCACUUGUAUUCCGAGAAGAUGAUGCUGAUGCUUAAGGAUUUUCUGGAGAGCGCGGAGAGUGCCGACAGCUUCAUGGAUGUCAGCAGCGCCAUUGUGCAGUUCUCGCACAGCUAUCGCCAUCCCUUCGAGUGCCACUUCACCGACGUGGUGGACAUCAUCAUCGGCUGGCAGCUGGAGCAGGGACAGCCGAAGCGCCUAAGGUCCCACUGCGCCCAGGUGCUCGAACAGCUGACGCCAUACUUUAGCAAACAGAUCGACUUCAGCUACGGCCUGCUGGCCCAGUUUGUCGAGGACAUUACGGUGCUCGAGGACGAGCACGAGCAGGAGAACGACCGCCAGCGGACGGGAAGCUGGUCGGAGCGGCUGGGCGCAUUUGUGGGCGCCUUUAAUACGCUGCUCAAGUGCGCCGUCCGCAUGCAGAUAUUCCAGGGCCAUCCCGACUGCGAGUCGAUUGUCAAGGUGGCCGUCGAUCACAUCACCAGAAUCAUGCCAAGUGUCCUCCUCCACCCAGAUGCGGAUGCAGACGCCCUGAUCAACAUCAACGAGCUGCUGUCCAUCUGUCUGCUUCACAACUGCGGCGGCACCCUGCCGUCCGAGCACCUGGAGAAGGUGCUGCUCGGCCAGUUCGAGUCGAUGGACCACCUCAGCGAGCCCCAGCGCCAGAGUGCACUCUAUCUGCUGCUCUGCACGGUGCGUCGUCUGCGUGUCCGCCUGCCCGCCAGCCUGGUGCAGUUGAUCUUUCAGUCGGGCCCCGACGGUCACCCCUAUGUGGCCGCGGUGCGUCGCCAGACGGGCGGUGCGGCAUACAAGAUGCUGCUACGCACCUGCCAGGAGACGCUGCUCAUCAAGAACGUGCCUCUGCUGCAGCAGGCGUAUGGGCAUCUGGUGAAGGACAUCGAUGUCUGCAUCCAGGAGCUGCGAGAGCCAACCCCCAGCCAAACCCCUUUGGGCUGCGAUGAGGCCGAAAUAAUGCUCAUCUUCCAUUUGGCCGCACUGGCGGCCCUCGCCAAGCAGACGUCCGCCAUCAUUGGGCUGUACGCCUGCCAGCCGUCGAUCCUGAGACUGCUGAUCUGCAACUGCCGCGCCCAGGACGUGGGCCUCUGGGCCAAGCAUCCGACCACGCAUCAAGCGCUCCUCGGCCUGCUAGUCGUCCACUGCCAGGCGAACCACAACUUCCGCACCAACUCCACGCUCUUCCGCGAGCCCGAUCCCUCCAAGGAGAACAUCUCGCCGACGGCGCACAGCUUCGAGUGCAUCCUCCGCUUCCUGGACAACAUCCUCACGAAGGCCGGCCGCCUGGCCACCGAAAACCUCAAGCAGUUGCUGCAAUGGACCCAGCUGCUGCUGUCCGAGUGCCGGGAGCAGGCGCCGCUGCUGCUGGAGCAGGAGCACUUCAUGGCCAUCUGCCACAGCAUUGGCGGUGUCGCCGCCAAGUGGCGUCCCCUCGAGAGUGCCGCCUGCAUGCAGGCAGUGCUCGACUUUGGCCCCGAGGCCCUACGCUCCAAACAGGACCUGGUCGUCCUGUAUCGCGAGACGGCACUGCAGCAGCUGCAGGUUCUCACGACCAGCGGGCACGCCCCCUAUGCCCAGAUCUACGCCCACCUGCCGCUGCACAUGACGCUGUUCGAGUCGGGGCUGCAGGGCCGUCGGGUGUGCGUUUGGCAGCAGAAGAUGAGCCAGUGCAGCGCCGUGCGGGACAACGUGUUCCAGCAGUUUGUGGAGCACCUGCAGCGGCCGGAGCAGGAGCAGCUGACGCACUGCCUGCGUGAACUGUUCGUCCGCAGCUACCAGGUGGCGCCGCCCGAUGAGCGGCAGGAGAAGCUGUCACAGUGCACGCGCCGCUGCCAGCGCCUGGCCGCCGCCUGGCUGCAGUUCGAGGCGGCCCGCUACUGCGUCGAUCAGCGGCUGCGCACGACGCUCGGCAAGCCGCAGGAGACGUUCCUGGGCUUCGAGGCGGUCAUCAUGCGUCAUGCCCGCCUUCUCAGCGGCUGCGCCAAGGAGGCGGAACGCUCCUCCCUCGGCGGCCUCUCGUUGGAGCAGCUCACGGCCAUCCAGGUGAACCUGUCCAUGCUGCUGGGCUUCCUCGAUGCCCUCGAGAAGCUCAUCUACAAUGCGGCCGAGGGCAGCGCCUUCGCCCUGCGACCACCCGAGAAGCCGGUGGCCGCCUUCUUUCGCCUGAACAAUCCCACCUGCACGUCGUGGUUCAAUCGCAUCCGCAUCGGCGUCGUCAUCAUAGCCAUGCACAUCCAUCAGCCAGAGCUGGUCAUACGCUAUGCCCAACAAAUUCUGAUGACGACAAAGACGCAGGAUGCCACGUACAGCCAGGCGCUGGUGUAUCUCGCUUGGGCCUGGAUCAGCUGCCAGGAAGCGGACUCGCUACGAGGCCUGUACGUGUGGGCGCGAGCCAAGUGCAGCAGUGGGGGCAAGUCCUACCAGUGGCUGCAGCAUGCGGCAGAGCAGGCGGCCGGACGCAGAGAGGCUGCGUUAAGCGGCUACCAGAGCGUGCUGGCCGCUGAGGGCGAGGGGCAGGAGCUAGAGCCGCACACGCAUCAGUUUGUGCUCGCCCAGAUGAUGCAGUGUCUCCAGGACACGGGCCAGUGGUCGCUGCUGGUGGACAUAAAGCAGCACAAGCUGCUCCGGCCCGAGGACAAGGAGCUCAACCCCUUCCUGCAGUGCCGCAACGUGGAUGUAACUGCACUGGAGCGGCUGCUCGCACGAAACGAAAACUGCUCCAGCGCCAACAACUCCGAGGAGCUCGACCUGGCCCUGCAGCAGCUCAGCCUGUGGCCAAGCCACUGGGAGAGCGGUGCGAGCCACAGUCACAGUCACAGCCUCAGCCACGGCCAUGCCAGCUUCUCCAAUUUCCAUGUGCGCCGCCGGCUGGAGGACAUAAUGCUGCAGAAGACGCUGGUGGAGCAGCAGCCGAUACGCCUGCCCGAGAGCCAGGCCUGCCACCUGAUGGACCUCCAUUGGCGCGAGAGCCUGCUGAAUCCCAGCAGCGACAAGCGUGCCUGCCGCGAGCUCAUCCUCCUCAAGCACAUUGUCCAGGGGCUCGCCAGUGGACAGGAGCUCAGCCUGCUGCCGCUGAUAGAGGAGCGGCGGCGUCCCACGAACAUCUCCAGCGACAUUCUGAUCCGCUGCCUGGCCUGGACGCAGCUCCUGCGCCAGCACUGCGCCCCCGGCAGCUGGGAGACCCUCUGCCUCGAUGCAGCGGCCGCAGCCCGUGACGAGGGCAACCUGCAGACAUGCCAGUCGCUGCUCACCCAGUACUAUGGCCAGCCGCUGGAGGAGAUCACCCUCAGUGGCAGCGACAUCCUGGACACGCAGAACGCGGAGGUGCUGCGCAGCCACAGCGAACUGGCCAAGUGCCUGCACCUCCAGCAGACGCAAACGCCGUGCAGCAGCUCGGAUCUGGGGCCAGCCAUCAAUGUGUGCGCCUCCCUGUGCCUGAGCCUGCACCGGAGGGGCAGCCACACCCACCAGGAUAUGGGCGCGGGCCUGCUGCUGACCCUCUCGGAGUGGAUAAGCGCGCGAAGCAGCUGCAAUGGGAAUGCCAUGGCCCUGGCCCCUAAUCUCCAGUCGCCCGCCAUCGACCAGCUGCUGGAGGAGCUGCCCGAAUGCCCGCUGACGCGCGGUUCCAGCUCCACCCAACUGGUGGCCAUUCCCCAGGGGGAGCGUCUGGUGGCUCGCCUCAUCCAUGCCAGCCUCGAGCAGCGGCCCAACUGCGAGGAGGCGCUGAUCGCGUACGGCAACUGGUCCUAUCGCUGGGGCAAGAAGAUCGUCGACAGCGGCAGUGUGCUCUCCCAGUCGGACGUGGCUGCCCUCAGUCGUGCGCUGGACCGGCAGACGCCGCUGGAGAGCGAACGCCUCAACGAGCUGCUGCAGGCGCUCAGCAUGGAGCAGCCGCCCGCCGGUUGCGUCGAGGUGUGCCCCGAGGCGGCGAAGAUACGCGACGACGAGGCCUCCAAGAGCUGCCUGCGUCGGCUGAGCCUGCUGGAGUGCCAGCCGGACAGUGUGCUGGACGAGAUCCUGCGCAUCUGGCGACAGGCCAUUGCCAACACGUACGACUUCUACAAGGAUGCGGCUCGCUCCUACUUCCAGUAUCUCAGCAUCAAGGCGGGAGCGUGCCAGGGAACGGGGGCAUCCGGUGCCGGCUUGAGCAGCUGCCAGAAGGGGGAUGCCAGACUCCAGGUGGACGACAGCAAUCUGGUGACCACAACGCUGCGCCUACUGCGGCUGAUUGUGAAGCAUGCCAGCGGGCUGCAGGACGUCCUCGAGCAGGGACUCCGCACCACGCCCAUUGCCCCCUGGAAGGUGAUCAUACCGCAGCUGUUCAGCCGCCUCUACCAUCACGAGCCCUACGUCCGGAAGAGCGUGUGCGCUCUGCUGUGCCGCCUCGCCGAGAGUCGCCCCCAGCUGGUGAUCUUUCCCGCCGUCGUUGGUGCCAAUCGGGAGAAGCAGCAGCAGCAGGAGAAGGACAAAGACAAAGAUAAGGAGAAGGCGAAGGAGAAGGCGAAGGAAAAGGAUGAGCCAAAGGAUAAGAAAAACUCGUGCUAUGGCUACCUGCUGGGCGCCCUGUCCAAGCAGGCACCCGAGGCCGUGCAGCAUGUCCAGCUGAUGGUCGAGGAGCUGCGGAGGGUGUGCCUGCUGUGGGACGAGUACUGGAUACACUCGCUGGCGCACAUCUACAACACCUAUGUGGGGCGCGUGAAUGCCUUUGCCACGGAAUUCAAGCCGGACGACCACGAGGGCAAGAACAACCGCUUCAAUAGCUGGCGGCCGCAGCUGCUGCUCGACUUGGAGGCCCUUGUGGCGUUCACAGCCCGUGCGCCGGAGACCAGCUACGAGCGGAGCUUCCGCAAGCGAUUCGAUGUGCACAUCAAGUCCACGCUGGAGGUGCUGCGAACGCGACGCUACCCGGAGGCCUGGGAGAAGCUCAAGCAGCUGUAUCACACGCUGCAGGCGAACAUGAUCCGAGGCACGGCCAUGACCCUCAAGAUGCAGACAGUCAGCCCCGUGCUGUGCGGCAUCGGCCGCAUGCGCAUCUCCAUGCCCGGCCUGGACGAGCAGGAAAGCUACGGCGGCGACCAGGAACCCGAUCAGGUGCACAUCGAGAGUGUCGAGGGCACAGUGUGCAUUCUGCCCACAAAGACAAAGCCCAAGAAGGUGGCCUUCUACGGGAGCAACGGGCAGCGGUACACGUUCCUCUUCAAGGGUCUGGAGGAUCUGCAUCUGGACGAGCGCAUCAUGCAGUUUCUGUCCAUCUCGAACGCCAUUAUGGCCUGCCGCAGCGACCAGCCCCGCCCCGGCGGUGCGACCACCUAUUAUCGCGCCCACCACUACUCGGUGAUCCCGCUGGGACCACAGUCGGGCCUCAUCAGCUGGGUGGAUGGCGUCACGCCGCUCUUCGCCCUCUACAAGAAGUGGCAGCAGCGCCAGCCGGCCCCGUCCCCAGGCGGUGGCGGUGGCGGUGCCCCCUCGCAUCGCUUCACAGACCUCUUCUACAACAAACUGACGCCGCUGCUGGCCAAGAGCGGGCUCAGCGUGAACGAUCCGCGCCGCCAGUGGCCAAUUGCCGCCCUGCGGCAGGUCCUCGGCGAACUGUCGGAUGAGACGCCCAGCGAUCUGCUCGCCCGAGAGCUGUGGUGCCAGUCGGGAAAUGCCGCCGAGUGGCGCCAGUCCGUGCGCCGCUACUCUGCCUGCAUGUCCGUCAUGUCGAUGAUCGGCUAUGUCAUCGGCUUGGGGGAUCGCCAUCUGGACAAUGUGCUCAUCAACCUCGGCAGCGGCGACAUCGUUCACAUCGACUACAACGUCUGCUUCGAAAAGGGCCGCACGCUACGCAUACCCGAGAAGGUGCCCUUCCGCCUCACACAGAAUUUGAUCAAUGCCCUCGGCAUCACUGGCAUCGAGGGCGCCUUUCGUCUGGGCUGUGAGUACGUGCUGAAGGUGAUGCGGAAGGAGCGCGAGACCCUGCUGACCCUGCUCGAGGCCUUUGUCUACGAUCCCCUGGUGGACUGGACGCUCAAUGACGAUGCCCAGACACAGCGUCGCUCCAUCAAUCCGAAGCAGCCGGAGAACGGUGGCGCCAAGUGCCACAAGAACAAGGACAAGGCCCAGAGGCAUCGCGCCCCUGACUGGGAGGCCAAGCGUCCGCUUUUCACCGAGAAGCUCGCCCAAUUGCACAAGUUUUGGUCCACCAAUGAGGAUGAAAUCCUACUGCAGCUGCAGGAAGUGGCCCAGGAGCUGGGCAACUUGGAGGCGGCGCAAGCGCAGCGCCUGGCCGCAGAGAGGGAGCUCGAGGAGCUGAACGAGCGCAGCGCCUUGGUGGCGGAGAUUAAAUCCCUGGGGCCGGCCAUGAAGAGCCACAGCUUCAACACGGCCCCGCUGCGUCUGCAGCAGACGCGCAAACACUUGACCGCUCUCAUGGAGCUGACGGUGGAGCGGCGGGCGGACUUUGCGUUCGUCCAGUGCCUCCUCGCCAGCUACAGCCUGUGCCUGCAGCCGUACCACCUCUCGCAGCUGCACGCCCAGCUGCAGUCGCUGCACCCAGUGGAGGGCAGCUGGCACGAGGAGCACCUCGCCCUGGCAGAUGUACUCCAGAUGUACGUGCCCGGAGCUCUGCUCGCCGGCAUCGAGAGCACGCGCACGCAGGUGGACUCACUGCUGGUUGGCAUCAACGAGGUGGCUCGCCACUGCGCGGAUCUUAUGCAGCAGUAUGCGGCCGUUAUGGCCUUCUAUCCGAACCAGUGCCACCGGCAGAACCUCAUGGUGCGCUUCCACGACAGCUAUGCGGCCUACCUGCAGCUGGAGGGGGCCGUCGAUUUGGCGGCCAACAGCCCCUCCAUCAGCACGCAGAGCGUGACGAAUCUGGCCGAGACGCUGGAGGUGGUUUGGCUGCAUCUCGGCUGCCAGCUACACGACUCCGCCCAGCGGUUGUCCGUCAAGCAGGUGCAGAUCCUCAGUCUCGUGUCGCCGACGUCAACGGCCACCUUCCUUCAGCGGAUUCAGCAGUCCGACUGCAGCCUGUUGCUGCUCAACUCUUGCCUGAUGCGCACCCUGGACAUGGCCAGCGCCUCCUUCCGCUCCUACGAGGCGCAGGCCCUCGACGAGCAGGACAAAGAGCUGCUGCAGCAUCAGCUGCGCUACAUCCACGUGAUUCGGUCCAUGUGCCAUGGUGUAAUGGGUGCCAGAGGCACCAGCGGCGGCGACAAUGACCAGCAGGAGCAGGACCUGUAUCUUGGCCAGCUGGAGACCCUGCUGGCAGCCCUCAUGCAGCUGCAGCGCCUGUUCGCGUACGACCUGCCCGCGAGCAUAUUCCGGCAGCUGCUGCUGCAGCCCAAUCUCGAUCAGCUGGAGGAGCUCUCCAAGCUGGGGUCGAAGAGGCUGCAGCAGCUCUACAGCGACUCUCUGGAGCUGGCCGAACAGCGGCCCAAGGAGACCAGCGAGCAGCAGCGAUUCAUGCUCUCCCUGCAGCCGAUCCACCAGCAGUUCCAGCUGGUUGCCACUUUGCUCGAUGAUAUGCGAAGGUGCUUGAAGCAGCGGAUCGAAGACAUCAGUGCCACCCAUGCCCAGCAAUACCUGGAACUUGUCCUCUUUAAGGAACACAACCUGGAGCUGAGCGACAACUGCUUCUUCCGCGUGAUCCACCAGACCUUGGGGGCCAGCAGCAGCUGCGAUGUGCGCGAGAUGGCGCGACCCAUGGGCACCCUGGUGCACUGCAUACAGAAGAAGUGCCUGGAAGGAUUGCUGCCCCUGGUGGCCCAUGAUUACUACAAGGGCUACGGCUCCACCUGCAAGCCGCCAGAGAACACCUUUACGUCGCUGGAUGUGGAGAAGGCCGAUCAUUUGUGCGGUGGCCUCUUCAUGGCGCUGCAGACGGAUGCGGGGCUGAUGCAGCAGGAGCAGGAGGUGGCCUUGAUCAGCCAGCAGAUUGAACUCCACUCGCUGGUGGGCUCCGCCCAGUUCUGGGGCUACUCAGAGGCCCUCGGAGCGCAGCUGCGUGGCGGCCCGCAUAUCAUUUGCCGCCGCAAGCUGGUGUCGGACAUUGGCCAGAGCUGGGGCGAAAUGGUGCGGACCGUUGAUGGGCUGGAGCAGCUGCUGCUCGGCCUGGACGCACAGCUGGGGCAGCUGGAGGCGCUGCGGAGUAACUGGAACCGCAACCACAUCGACAGCAUGCUGCGCAAUGUGCAGGAGCAGCGCCGACAGGUGGCAGACCAAGUGGCCCUCGUCCGUCAGCUAAGCGAGGGAGCCAGUGCCGUCUGCCACUUGGAGCAGGUCGUGGCAGAUGCGGUGGGAUCCGGAUUGGAGAUCCAAACCUUGCACAACCAUCUGGAGCAAUGGCUGGGCGCGUUCGGCAAUUGGAAGGCGAGCUGUGCCAGCGUCAGUGGUGUGGAGCAGGCAGUGGUCGAGUUGCUGGACCCCGAGGAUGGCAUCGACGACUACUGGCUGCAGAAUGUGCACGGCCUGAUCGAGGAGCAGACGUGCAAGGUGCAGCGCGAGUUUGCCAUACUUUCCGGAGAGCAGCAGGCCAAGCUGCGGUUCAUCUGCACCCUGCUCAAGGAGACGCAGCGUCUGCUGGAGCAUGCUCCGCGCUUCUUUGUGGGCAACUUUUGUUCCAAUGCGAAGGCCAUGGGGCACGGGGGCAAGGGUGUGCCCGCGGAUGUGCAGCAGCUGUGUGACCAUCUGCGCGACAGCCAGCUGCUGUUGCAGAGCUUCCUCGAGCACCUAACUGCCCUGCGCAAGGACCUUUGCGCGGAGCGGCACAUCCUGCCGACGGAGCUGGUCGCCGGCUGGCGGAGUGAGCUGCAGCAGAUCCAGGCCAUGGCCGGCCAGGAGGCCAGCGAAUACUUUAAGCGGAUCAAGGAGCUGCUGCUGCAGGUCGCCGACUCUGACUCCCUCACUUACGACACCUUUACGCACACCAAGGGAGCCGCAAAUCUACACGAACAGAAGCGCAAUGCCUAUGGCGUGUCCGUCUGGAAGAAGAUACGCAUGAAGCUGGAGGGCCGCGACCCGGACGGCAGCCAGCGGAGCAGCAUUGCCGAGCAGGUGGACCAUGUGAUCAGCGACGCCACCAAUCCGGACAAUCUGGCCGUCCUCUACGAGGGUUGGACGCCUUGGGUCUAGGGCCCGCCAGGAUAAACGGCCGCAAUUUGGCCUUACUGACAUACAACAAACGCACUCCCCAAAGCAGGGGGCAGACGACUACAUUCAACAUUUGAGCGGUAACUCUUUUGGCCUUCUGGCCUGACCUGGCCUGGCCGGGACGGGACAGGUUGGGCAUCCUCCAGCCUGUAGCCUAUAGCCAGUAGCCAGUACCCAGAAGCCAAUAGCCAGGGAAGACUCCCCCAGUGCCAUGGCGGACAGGAUGACACAAGCGACACAAAGCGAAUUGUGUUGAUUCGAUACCAGAAACAGGACUCCUCGACAGCUUAUCCCCGUUCAAAUGGACGGUUAAGGGGGAGGGGCGUACAAGCAGGACACAUUUUCUGCCCCACCAAUGGGCAGAACGACUCAAGAACCACCCGAUCCGAUGCAAAUCGAUCUGUGCUGGAUCUAGACACGUUUAAUAUUCGUUAUUCUCGUUGCGGAAAUUUUUAAAUUGUUUUGUUUUAAGCUGAUUUUAUGCCAACCAACCCGACCCCUUCCCCAGCGUCUACCCCUGUUCGCUCUGAAAUCUUAUAUUUUAAUGAAAAGAAAAAGUGUAAUCAAUAUUAUAGCUACCCUCCCAUAUAUAUAUUCACCCCUCGCCCAUCUCCUAUACAGAUCAUCCGACUUGCUCUUCCUGACUGUCUGUCCAACUCCUACUCCCACAUACGGGACACGUAAGCCAUAGAUUUAGGCAGGGACCGUAAGCCGUAAGCCGUAAGCCAAAAGUAGAAACGUCUAGGAUGUAGGAUCUGCUCUUAAUGACCUCACAAUGAAAAAGAGAGGGAUGGCAGUACUUUGUUUGUUAAUACAUCUCUAUAGAUAUCUACAGAUAUCCGUGCCAUGGCAUAGUUACAGAUCUUCGUUAUUCGGUCUCUAUGGGAGUCGUGUAUUUAAUAACAGCACACUCGAAACGUGCCUGCUUUGCAGUUUUCCUUUAAUUCUGAGAUGGGUUUUUAUCAGUAGAUUCACAAAUCCGAUCGGUGCAAUGAGAAUGUACAACAACUAAGUGAUUCCGGAUUGUCGAAGGAAUGUCACGUGAUAAUCGACGACUGAAUUGUAUUGUUAUUUAUAUACCCUUGCAGCUCCACAAUCUGUAAACUUGUCUCCGAAGUAUGUGUUUGCCAAUACUAUUUACGUUUUAUAAUCGCUUCACUUAGAUAUAGUUUAGUUGUUGAUCAAAUUGAUAUAUUAGCGCUUGCACACUUGCAUUUAUUUUUAAUGCAAGUUGUAUGUUAGCGAGAUUUUAGUGUGGGUAGCUUAUGUAGUUUAUGUACAUAAACCGAAAUCAAUAUAAUACUUCUCCUUCUGCAAGGGUAUACAAAAACAAUCCCUUAUUUUCGUUAAGAUUCGCCCCAGCCUCUUGGUGUUUUUUAAAAAAAUAUUUGUUUGAUUUUUCUGUUAAGCUGAAAAAGUACAUAUAUAUACAUAUAUAUAUACCACAACUAUAUUGUUAUUCUGAUUGACUAUUUACGGUCCCUGGUUUAAGGCGUAUAUAUGGUUGGGCUCGGUUUGAUUCGGAUUGUGUGCCUCCCUUCCUGAUUUUAUUUUAGUUAAAAUAUUGAAUAAAGAUUAAAUAUGAUAUAUGA